UCUGCACGUUUGCACAUUUACAGAAAGAGCAGGUGUGUGAAGCGUGUCGAGAUGAGUGACACUUCAGAGGACGACAAUGAGAUCUCCUUUCGGGUGAAGUUUCUUGGGCGGGUUGAGGUGGUUCGCCCUGAUGGACUACACAUCCUGGAGGACGCAGCUCAGAGCCUCCAGACGCCUGAUGAAUACUCCUCAGAAAAGUCAACCAAGAAGAGUAAAGUCCACCUCUUCCUGUCCAGAAGUGAUAUAGACAUAUUGGAAAACAAAACCAAGUUCCUGUUGUACCCGUGCCCUCUCUCCACCGUUUCCUUCUGUGCCCUCUUGCCAUCCUCACCCAAAGUCUUCGGCUUUGUGGCCAGACACCCUGCAGCCGACAUGUACCACUGUUAUCUGUUCCAGAGCAAGAAGUUUGCUCAUGUGCUAGUCUCAUUGAUUGGAGAUGCGUUCCGAGCAUCUAAGAAGGAGAGCGUCAGGGGAGGACGGGACCUGAUAGUGGAGGCGCUCAGACAUAAGAAUAACAUGCUGCAGAGAGAGAACUCUGAGCUGAAGAGGAGGCUCGCAGGACAAAAUGACUUCUGACUGUGCACGUUGUUCCAUUUGUAUGCUCAGUCAAUACUUGUCAUGUAUGAGGAAAUGUUUGCAAUGCAAUGAAAAAAAAAACAUUCAAGCAACAGAGAAAAGGGGAAGAUGAGUGAAGAUGAGUGGAGGGAAGAUGUAAUUGUUUUUGGUUGAUGAGAAAAUGCCAUAAAUAAUAAUAAAAAAUAAUGAUUAUU